GAGUUGAAUGGACUGGUGCUCCGCUGUCAAGUCUUUGUUGCCUGUUUACGCUGAAUGAGAGUGGAAUAGAUGGAAGAGUAAACAUUUAUUACACCACGUCGAGCAGCUUUUAACUCCACAUCAGCAGUCCAACCCCCUCAAACGAUGGAAGAAAAGCUGAAUGGACCGCUGCCCGUCUCCCCUGAAUACAUCCAGCAGUGGAUCCAGUCUACGCAGCAGUUCCACGCUCUGCAGGCCCAGUAUUCAGGCUUGAACCAGAACCACCAGUACUCGUACCCUGCAGGAGAGUCCGCCAUGGUGAACCCACAACCACAGCAGGAGGCCGCCGACCUGACCAAACCUCCACCCAAAAAGCGAGGCAGGCCAACUCAACCCAAGGAACCAGGGGCACCGAAACCCCCAAAGGUCCCCAAAGCUCCAAAACCACCCAAAGCUCCAAAACCACCUAAAGACCCCAACGCACCCAAAGCCAAACCGGGACCGAAACCGAAGAAAAACGCAACCGAAGCUCAGGGAGACGGGAAACAGGAGAAGAUCGACGAGAGCUUCAAGAAAGUGAAGAGGAAAGUGGACCGCUUCAAAGGGAUGUCGGAGGAGGAGGUGAUGAAGAAGACUCUGCCAGACCUGCUGGACUAUAACCUGGACUACGUCAUCAUUGGAAUCAACCCGGGUCUGAUGGCCGCUUUCAUCGGACGCUGGUUUCCAGGGCCAGGAAACCAUUUCUGGAAGUGUCUGUUUCUGUCUGGAUUCACUGAGGAGCAGCUGAACCACAUGCACGACACCUCGCUGCCCGUUAAAUACAAGAUGGGCUUCACUAACAUGGUUGCCAGGGCAACGCCGGGCAGCAAAGACCUGUCCAGUAAAGAGUUACGAGAAGGAGGAAAAAUCCUGGUGGAGAAGCUGAAGAAGUUCAAACCUCUGAUCGCCGUUUUCAACGGGAAAUGUAUCUAUGAAAUGUUCUGCAGGGAACUGUUUGGGAAGAAACCGACCAAACUGGAGUUCGGUUUGCAACCGCAUAAGAUCCCAGACUGUGACGUGGCCCUGUACCUGAUGCCUUCGUCCAGCGCUCGCUGUGCUCAGUUCCCUCGGGCUCAGGACAAAGUCCACUUCUACAUCAAACUGAGGGAGCUGCGAGACCAGCUGAAGGGAGUCCAGAAGACCAGUGAAGUCCAGGAGGUGGACUACACCUUCAACCUGCAGUUGGCCAAGGAGGACGCCAAACGUAUGGCCAUCAAGGAGGAACAGUACGACCCCGGGUACGAAGACGCCUACGGAGGCGCCUAUGUGGAGGGGGGGUCUGAAAACCCCCCAGGCCAGAGCCAGACCAACGGACACUGCACCUUCAGCUCUGAGGACACAGACCGGGGUCCAGGGGCGUCCUCGUCCUCGUCCCAGCCGGCUCCGGCGGUCCAGAUCCCGGACGGCCAGUGGAUGACCCAGUCCUUCACAGACCAGAUCCCAGACAUCGGUGGCGGUCCGAGGGACAGUGCGUGACGUGUGUCUGGUCUGUGUCAGUUUUUCGUUUUUCUUAGUGUCGGACAUGAAACCCACUGGCGUCAGAGUCGGUGCACACGCCGCCUUCUGCACUUCUGUUAUUUUCCGUGUGUCUGCGGUCGUCGGGUCUCGUUUCCUCACGGUUCUGGAUCUGCAGAGCUGUGGACGUGGACACGAAGGACCGCUGAGACGGACGCAGACAUGGACUCUGUCCCGUCCUCAGGGUUUAUGGUGCUUUGAGCGGUCGGACUCCAGUUCUGACCCGCCUUCAACUGAAACUCAAACGGGUUUUAUUUCUUCCGUAUGACUUUAGAAUCAUGUUUUUAAUGUGGAUGAAAAUGUCUCAAAUGGACUUUUAUGAAUCAUGUGUCCAUUAAAAUGUCCUGAUGAUGCUUUUCUACAUUUA